CAAGGAGCUUUAUGUGGGGGGCGUUCAUGUUUGUGGGUGUGUAUGCGCAUGAUGUGCUUAUUAUGGGAUGACCUGUGUGAAAGUCCUGAAUGAAAAGAGACUUUGAGGAGGGCACUUGGUGAAAGGAAGAAACAGUGCUGGGGAUUGAUGUCUACUGAGUCUUUUCCAUUUGUGGUCAGCAGCAGCCCACCCAAGAGCUUUCAAAGUGCCCUGCUGGUGAACCCCUGCCUACAAAUGCCACUGUCCCAGUGUCCCAAGCCCAGCAUUGCAGAAGACUCUGUCUGUAGCUCUCAGAGAGACAGCGCCACCUACAUGUUAAAGAGCGGUCCUGCAGAGCGUUUCCGCAGGCACAGUGUGGAUGGGAGCUCUUUGAGUCAAGAAUCUGACUCUGGCAAAGACAAGCGCUUCCACCCUUACAGCAGGCAGUACAGCGAUGGAGCUGCCACUGGGGCUGGAGGAGCCUACUGCUGCCUCGGAGAGUGCCAGCUGACUGAUUCAGUCUCUCCAGCUCUCAGCAACACAAAGGAAGUAGAAGAACAUAAUGCCUGGACCCCCCUCAGCAACAGUGUACAGUCCUCCAUCUUUAUGGGAGCAGAGCAGAGUCCUGUUGAGAUGCAAACCAGGCCUGAAGAGCCGCCCAGCUAUUCAUCGUCCACCCACCAUGCAUACAGCACCCUCCAUCAAGCGUUUUCAGGUGAAUACCCAUCUGGAGGACUAGUGGGCAGCUCGCACUUCUCCUACCAAAGCCUUUCCUCUCAAACCAGUCAAGAAAGUCCAGCGCAGACCCUCUACCCUAAACCCAUCUACUCCUAUAGUAUUCUCAUUUUCAUGGCUCUAAGGAACAGCAGAACUGGCAGCCUGCCAGUGAGUGAAAUCUACAGCUUCAUGACGGAGCAUUUUCCAUACUUCAAGACAGCACCUGAUGGCUGGAAGAAUUCUGUCCGCCACAACCUCUCCCUUAACAAGUGCUUUGAGAAAGUAGAGAACAAGAAUGGGAAUUCAUCUCGAAAGGGCUGCCUGUGGGCUUUAAACCCAGCCAAGGUGGAGAAGAUGCAGGAGGAGCUGCAUAAGUGGAGGAGGAAAGAUCCAGUGACGGUGCGCAGGAGCAUGGCCAGACCAGAAGAGCUGGAUCAUCUUCUCGGAGAGAGACCAGAGAAGCAGAAGUCCCUUUCUUCUCACCUCAACAACCACACAUACCCACAGUUCCCCAGAGUCACCAUGCCUCCCUCCUAUGGCCCUGGGAUUCACCUCAGGAAACCCCAGUACACCCACUACAGCUUACCUACACAAGCUGUCCCACAGCACCCCUACCUGCCCUCCAACCCCCAUGCCUUCUCCUUCUACCCCAGCAUCAGCCAGCAGCCCAGCACACAGCUCCCCUCAAGAACAGGCAACCUGGAUUCUCCUUUACCUGCACACACCCCACCCAGCUACAGCGCCGCUCUGCAGGCCAGCCACAGCGCUGCGGGCAGCAUGCAGGAACUGCUAAUGGAGGCGGAGCUGAGCAAUGACAUUGACACGCUCAACCCCAGUCUAACAGAUCUGCAGCUUCAGGGUCAUCUUUGGGAGGAGCUGAGAGACGACAGCUUGGCCCCAGACUCACUGGCGAUCAUGGACACAUCCACCUCCCCCGGCCAGAUCAGCCCCAGCCAGGCUGGGGAUUGUGUGGGCGUCUGUGGCUCAGGCAGUGGGGAGGUGAGCACAGCUGGGUCAGAAACAGGCCUGCAACUCACCGGACUCUACUCACCCAGUUUCAGCAGGGCAGACAGCAUGACAUGCCUCCACUCCACCUCAACAAACACUCCAAUCUCAUUGCUUUGAAGUAACAUCUACCCUAGGCUGUCAUCUACCUUGUACCUGCAAAUAGUGGCCACUUUAUUAGGUAUGCCUACUAUAUACAGGUGCGUCUCAAUAAAAGAGAAUAUCAUUGAAAAGUUUUGUCAUUUCAGUAAUUUAGUUUAAAAUGUGAAAAUCUCUCUCUAUAUAUAUAUAUAUAUUCAUAUAUAUAAGAUGUACUUGUGAUGAAGUGCACUUCCUCAAUAUGUAGUACACAGAGUAAUCUAUUAAAGUAUUAUAUCUAAAAAUAUUGGCUUACAGCUAAUGACAACCCAAAAGUCAGUAUCUCAGAAAAUUAGAAUAUUAUAUAAGACUAAUUGGUACUUUUGGCAGUGUGCGAAGUCCUGCUAUAAAAGGAAAUUCGCAUCUCCGUAAAAGUUGUCAGCAGAGAGAAGCAUAAAUUGUUGUGAGAUUUUCCACAGUGACUGUAAACUUGAUAAAAUACAGUGGACCAACACCAGCAGAUUACAUGUCUCUCCAAACCAUCACUGAUUGUGGAAACGUCACACUAGACCUCCAGCAGCUUGGACUGUGUGUCUCUCCACUCUUCCUCCAGACUUGAUUUCCAAAUGAAAUGUAAAAUUUACUGAUGAUCAGUGAUGGUUUGGAGAGACAUAUCAUCUGCUGGUGUUGGUCCACUGUGUUUUAUGAAGUCUUUCCUUCAUGCUUCCCUCUGCUGGCAAGCUUUAUGGAGAUGCAGAUUUCAUUUUCCGGCAGGACUUGGUUUAAAAUAGAUCACUCUCUGUGUAGUACAUCUAUAUAUUGUAUGAGAUUCAUAUUUUGAACUGAAUUACUUUUGAUAUGCACCUGUAUUUGCACAUAAGUGCAGUGAUACAUAAUAUGGCAUAAUGGCAAUUCUGACAUAAUGGCAAAUCUGUAAAAGUUCUCAUUGUCAAAGCCUGUGAAAAGGUAAAACACUGGAUUCAACAAGGUGCUUGAAUAUUUGUUUUUGAUAAUUUUACAUAAUUCCUUUGUUUAGUUUAGACUUGUACAUCUAAAACCCAAAAUCAAGAAAAAGUUGGAAUAGUAUCAAAAUGCCAAUAAUAUAAGCAAAAUGUUUUAUUUUAUUUGACAUUUAAUUGAUUGCAGACAAUUUGAGCCCAAGAUACUUCACAAUUUCUCUGCUUAACUUAACAUACUUCCAUUCCUGCAUUUCAGCCUGGAAAACAUUCCAAAAAAAGUUGGGACGGAGACAAUAAAGGGCUAGUCAAGUUUUUUUUUUAAAUAAUAAUAAUAAUAUUGAUAAUAAUAAUAAAAGGAUUUUAAACUGCCUCCAAGACCACACAUUUUCCAGGAAUUUCCAGCUCUGGAAAAAAAUGAGAGACCACAUAAAAAUUAUGAGUUUCUUUGGUUUUACCAAAUUAAAAACCUCUGGAACAUAAUCAAGAGGAAGAUGGAUGAUCACAAGCCAUUUUUGUACCAGGAGGGGUGUAAAAUUAUCUAAAAAGCAGUGUGUAAGACUGGUGGAGGAGACUAUGCC